AUGCAACAGCCGCUGUUACUUUGCAACCAACUUUCGUUAAAGCCAUAGCAAGUGGAGCCAAUGCCUGUGUAAAGCUGAAGCGUUACAAUGAAGCCACGACCUGGUGUGAUAAGGGAUUGGCAAUCGACAAGAACAACAAGACAUUAAUGGAUUUAUGUAACAAGUGUCUAAGUGGACCUUAUACAUCACAAGAAACAAUGCGAAAGAACACGAAUAGCAAACCUGUCACUCACACUGCUAUACGCCAGAAAAAGGCAGAUUCUUUAACGAAACCUUCGAAAGACGAGGCGGGAGACAAAUGUGGAGAAGGAUCUUCCUGUGGUAAUAUUAGCAACGCUUAUCAAAGUCUGGAGGAUCUCAGAACAGCCAUUGACUGCCAUGAAAGUCGUCUAGAAAUUGCCCAAGAAGUGGGAGACAAGGCUGCGGAAGAAGCGGCUAAUAGGAAUCUUGGCGCUGUUUAUUUUAUUCUGGGGGAUUUUAAAACGGCCAUUGGCUACCAUGAACGUUGUCUAAAAAUUGCCCAAGAAGUGGGAGACAAAGUCAGAGAAGGAGGAGCCUAUGGUAAUCUCGGCAACGCGUAUCAUUGCCUGGGGGAUUUCAAAACAGCCAUUGAUUACCAUGAACGUCAUCUAAAACUUUCUAAAGACGUGGGAGACAAAGGUGGCGUUGGAAUCGCCUAUGGUAAUCUCGGCAUUGCUUAUGAUAGUCUGGGAGAUUUCAAAAAAGCCAUUGACUACUAUGAACGUGUUCUAAAACUUGCCCAACAAGUGGGAGCCAAAGCCGGAGAAGGAAAGGCUCAUGGUAAUCUUGGGAUCGCUUAUAAUAAUCUGGGGGAUUUCAAGAGAGCCAUUGACCACCAAAAACGUUGUCUUAAAAUUGCCAAAGAAGUGGGAGACAAAGCCGGAGAAGGAAAGGCUCAUGGUAAUCUUGGCAACGCUUAUAUUGCCCUAGGUGAUUUCAAAACAGCUAUUGAAUGCUAUGAAUGUCAUCUAAAAAUUGCCAAAGAAAAACCUAUCAACUGA